AUGGCUCUCGGUUCAAAGCUCGCAACAGCACUACCAUUCUUGUUUCUCGCAGCCAGAAUCAAUGCCAAUAGCUCUAUUACAGCCUUCAACCUUACCGCUAUCUCCGCCUUCAACAAUGCUUCCAUACUGGAGUGCUGGCAGAUCACUCUUCCCCUGACCAUAUCUCAGACGGCAGGCAUUCAAGGUGCGGCUGUACAGCAGCUCGGCAAUGUGAGCAGCAUGGUGUGGUCAAGCCUACCGGGUGGAUUUGCAGGUUCACCCCAUCCUGCUCCGUCUGUACAGUACAAUGUGAUCCUGUCCGGCACCCUGCACGUCACAAUCCCAAACUCGUCGCAAGAAGUCACGGUGGUCAGCGGUAAAAGGAGCCUGCUUAUUGCUGCGGACACGGCAAAUGUGAGCAGGACGGGGCAUAUCUCAAGCCUUCUUGGAAAAGAGCAGGGCACUUCGUUAAUGAUACCCACGGCGAAUAAUGAGAUACCCCCGCAUAAGGUCAUACAUGCUGGAGCUUGUGGAAAGCGCGAUUUGGAGCUGUGA